CGUGAACAUGCUCGCUGCCUACACUCCCACCAGGAUGAAGGGCUCAGGUGUCGUCAAAUCUCUGAAUUGGAAGGCUCUGGCAGACAAAAUACAUCCAAACUCCGCCACGCCUUUAACCGCAAAAGAAAGUACUCGACUUUUGAACGCGUUGACCGGCUCAUUCAGGAAGCAUCUGGAUGAAUUCCAUCCCGCUCCGACAGAAGAGAACCCGCAAAGUGGCGAAAAUGGCGUCUCCAAGCCCAAGACCAGCGUCAGUUCCAUACAUUCUUCAGCAGCUUCCGCUCAGCGGCAUAUGGCUUCCGUCUUGACGAAUCCGCUUCUGGUGAGAGGCGCUGUCAGGCUAGACUUCGGAAGUGCCAAAGUCGAGCUGCAAAAGAAUCCCGCCAAAGAUCCCAUAGACCUGCUGGAAGAAUACGACGAAAAGGGCGCGGCAACGGUUCAAAUUGCUCAGCUUUGUUUGGAGAACGUCAAGCGCGCCUACGAUUCGUUGGAUUCACAGAGGAGAGCUGCACUUCUUGAAGAGAUGCAACCGGGCAGAAGAACACUAUAUUGGCUAUUGAGAAGCAUGAGGCAUACUGUUACCGCUUACGUCGACAACUUAGUCUUCCUCAACCUUCUCGCAUUGUUCUUGAUACGCGAAGGUCGCGAGGAGACUCUGUGGCAAUGGCUGAAGCUUGACUUGGCAGAGGAGCCGGAGCAAGGCAGGACCUUCCCAAGCGAAAUCAAGAAGAUGUCAUACAAAUAUCGCUGGAAGGGUCGACUGCUUCGCAACAUAUGCGCAGUCAAGCUAGGCGAGCACGAUAAAGGCACUGAUUCCAUAAGCACCGACGACUUACAUGCGGCCUUGGACUUCUACUUUGCUGCAGCUGAACUCAAGUCCACGGCUGAAAGAAAUAGCCAUCUACGGUGGUUACCACUAGGAGGUUCUGGCUCAUAUCUGGCCGCAGUUUUGAUGAACAGAAAGAAGCAAAAAUAUCGCACAGAUUGCAUUGACGUCAAACGAUAUGAGAAGUUCCAAGAGUUGAUACCCCUCUUCCUGCUUGGCGCCCCCGAAAUAUACAUUGACGUCGAUAUAGCGAGAUGUGACCUUGCUCAUCCUACUCGGCCUAGCCCUGACAGAGCUUUGCAAGUGUUCAAAGAACUCUCGACGGAGUCGAGCAUGGCGUCUAAACUCCUGCGAAUCAGGGAUUCGCAUCAUUCAAGCCCGGAACAUCAUCUCUGGUACUUUACUGCAGCAAGAACGAUAUACUUGCUCAGGAAUGAGGGACGUACGCAUGAAGCGACUUGGCUUACAGAAUAUGUGUAUACAGAGUUCCCUACUCUAGCAAAAUAUCUUGAAAAGGAUAUGAGUAAGUGGAGGUCUGGACAAGAGGCGUGGCCAAUGUCUCCGGCCAAGGACAAAGAAAACGAGGAUAGAGAACCUGACAAGAUUCCCUUUCCUGCUUUUGCAUGACCAACAGAGCGACCGAGAGCAUGCAAAUCGAGAGCAGGACUAUUUCGACCCGACUCUGCCCUUGCAUACUGCAAUGCAAAGAUGUUUGAAAGUGGCACGCCGUGGCUCGGUUGCUUCCGCUUAUGCGGUUCCACGGACGUUGGCUUACUAAAGAUCUGGAGAAAUUGGCCCAGUUCCCUCGACACUACGAUCGCUGCGAGUGAGGGCGGCCAAGAUAUGAUCGUAUAGCAGAUACUCUCUGGAAGUCGCUCCGCCGCUUCAGAAUAUCCGCGAAUCGAGCAAAGUGGUGUCCGCGGCUUAAGCAGCUGUUUGGGAACGAGUCGCCACUCACGAUGCAUGGAUAACUUCCUGUGUUGGAGAAUAGCAGCCGCGUUAAGAUCAGGACGAGAGUGACCACCGCGGAGUUCGGACGUUGUCCCAUCACCACCCUAAUUCAUAUGAGUCAAAUUUGGACUCAUCGUUCGAAAUAUGUCCGCUUAGUGCACAAUCAGAGCAUAGAUGGUAUCUUCAUUCAUUCUCGUGGCUACAC